CCAGUUCGUGUACACGUGAGGCUGAGUGUUUGCAGGACGUGUGUGCUGCGUGACAACCCCGCGUGCGGCGCAGGACCAGGCAGGGGCGGUGUACAGGCACUCGAGGCUCGGCGCCACUCGCCACUCCAGUCUCCAGCCUCCAGCACACGGCAGGCGAGUGGGAACGUUGUGUGAUGUAGACGGCAGAGGGAGGCGCCGAGCAGCUGAUUGGCGCAGGGUCCGUGCAUGACUCCCGUCACGUCCAAUCACGAGCACCGGAUCCAUUUACGUCAUAAGUCAGCCUCGUGACGUCACAAGUCUGCUUGCCUUGCCUGGACAGCAACAGUUGCUCCUUGCAGGCGCUAAAAGAAACUCUAAUCCCACCGACGGCUGUCACCGCCGAGAUGGAUGAGAUUCUCAGCCCCGAGGACAAGAAAGCCAACAAUUUUUACACCAUCCUGGGCUGUGACCCGAGCUCCUCGGUGGAACAGAUCCAGACGGAGUACAAGGUGCGGGCGCUGCAAUUUCACCCUGACAAAAAUCCUGAUGAUGCUGAAGCUGAGGCACGCUUUCAGGAGCUGCAGGUUGCUAAAGAAACAUUGACAGACCCAGAGAAGCGUACCCAGUAUGACCGAUGGCUUAACAGCGGCCUCACCAUCAGUUAUGAGACGUGGCUAGGCAUGAAGGGCCACAUGACAACAACCCUGCACUGGGCCACCCCCAACACCAAGGGAAGGAUGCUGGAUGAGGGUGCCUCCCAGGCCCCUCAGCCUCGGCCGGGGGGCAGGAGAAGCUCCGAGCAGGGCCUUCUGUACGGCCGUAACCAGGAGGGUGUCAAGAUAUCCAGGCCCACAGGGGGAUGGGAGCGUGACUCCUCUGAUGUUAUAAGAAAAUUUAGAAAUUACGAGAUUUAAAGAAAAUUUAUUAUGAAUGUCUGUUACCAAGAUUUUCAUUAUGUCAUCAUAUUAUCACUGAAUGUAGAUUUUACACCAUAUUGCACUUGUGAUUUUAUGUGUAGAUCUGCCUCCACAUAACUGUAUAUGAUUUAUAUCUUUAUAUUAAAUUAUGUAAAAAAAAAAACGUCACAUGGAGAUUACAAAAUUGUUACUUAAAUAUGUAGUUAUUUAACUUAUUUUAGAAUAAAAAUAUGAGUUCUCUUAAGUAAAGUCUUGAAGCUGGCACCAUACUGGCAUGUCUCACCAAGCAUUGUAUCAAAAUGGGGAGCAGUGCUGAUGAAAGUGGAGUGCACUGAGUGAAUGACUCUUUCAACAUUUCCAAACUGACUGCUUGGUUAAAGGAAAUUAAAUAAUCAUAGGGAAUGUACUUCAUGAAAAUAGCUGAGUAUACCACAUAUCCACAUGAUAAUGAUGGCAUGAUGUCAGCAUAGAAUAACUGUCUUUGUUUUGUAUGUAUGUAUGUAUGGCUUCAUGUUUGGAAGGGCUGAGCAGACUGUUGACUAUGAAUCAGAGUGACUGCGUGAUGAUUGUGUCAGUGUGCAUGGUGAGUGCUGCUCCCCUGUGUACUGAAUCGGGUUCAGUGUGGUACCAGCUUGAUACUAUGUGUGUUAGGUGUCCCACUACAGUAGUCCAUGACCAAUAAGUCUUUCCUGCAUACCUUUCAAUGUAUAAUACUAUAAAGAUGGAUGUUCUCAUUUUAGUUUUAUAUAUAAGUUAUUGUAAUAAUUAGUGAGGCAUCAUGAUUGGUGAUAAUUAGUUGAUUAAGGUUAUUAUAUUGAGAUUUCAAAGAUAAUGAUAUGUAUUGUGUUGUAUCAGUGAUAAGGGAUUAAAUAGUAAUGGAAAUGUAAGUUUUCUUAGGAACUUUACCUGAAUAGUUUAAUGUAGUAGGGAAUGAGUGUCUGAUGUUAUAGAGGAAUGACAUAACAACACAUGCUAUAUUCAUGGGACUCAAGAUUAUUAUAACAUCAUCCACCCCUUGAACUCACUGGACCUCAGCAUCCAACACUUAGUAUAUGGAGUGUAAUAUGCACAAGUUCCCAUAUAUAGCAUGUGUGCCAGUGUUGGGUGUAAAAAGAGGUGUGCAUUUGGCAACAGAAUCUUUAUAUUCUAUAUAAUAUAAAUUAAUUAAUUUAAUCUUGCUGAAAAUGGAGAAGAAUAUUCUUUUGAUGAAGUAUUUUUAUAAGAUUGUAGUAGAAGAUCACAGCCCAAAGAAAAUUCCAAUGAAUCACAUAUUAAGCUACUGGUGUCAGGAUCGUAAUGGCAUAAUAGACUUAGUGAACAAAUGAAAGGAACAAUUAUUUUAGUGAAAGGAUAUUUUUGGAGGUAGGAUAAGAUAUGGUUCCUAUUGCAGUUCAUAAAUUAGUCACAGUACACUCCAGGAAACCAGUGAUGUUAUACCUACGCACUUAUCCGCUUUUUUAUAGAUGCUAUUAUACAUGUGAAUAAGUUUAUUUUUUAUAGAAAUCACACAGUACUUUGCUUCAUGUGGAUUUUAUUGUGUAAUUAUAUUGUGCUUGUGUAUUUUUAAUCAAGAGGUUUACAUUUAUUAAGUAACUGGUUAGAUAUAACUUAUUAAUAAAAAAAUCUAAAAAUAUUUGUUACCAAAAUGUUGAACUGCAUCACUGGAAAGAGUUUGAACUAUAGUAUGUGAGGCAAUUAUAUGUAUGCAGUGAUCCACGGCUCUUGUUACCAACGCGAGGUGACUCCACACCUAGAUUUAAUCCACCCAAGCAAGGAAACUGUAGUAUUGUAUGAGUUUUAUUAUAGCUAUGCUUGUUUUGGAAGCAUAACUGGUGUCAGAUAUCUAUGCACAAUACCAUUGUUUAGCACACAGCUAUGUGUUUACUGAGAUUUACUAUGUUGUAAUGUAAGCUGUUGUCUGAGAUAACCACUCAUAAAAUCCUGUUCAGAAGCAGAUAGUAAUUUCAACAUCUUUUCUUUGCUAUUUAGAUGUUAUGUAUCAUAAUUAUUGUUGUAAGUGUGCUCCCCUUAAAGGUCAGAACUGAUAUUCCUAUUGUUGUACCAUGCAAAAGCUAUUCACACAUCUUUCCAUUUAUCUAUACAAAAGUUUGAUGGCUUCUGAUCAGUCAGUGUUUUAGAGAAAAACUGACGUUUCUGUGCAGAUGCCUCAUGUCUGCAUUUUCUGUUGAUUGAUGUGUAUGUGUAUGUUGGUAGUUAUUGGGUACGCUGUAAUAUGUCUUUGGUCGUGCAGCAACUGUCUGUUGCUUAUAACUGUUUUCAUGUGUUGUCUGUAAUGUGUUUAAUGUUUCACAGAAAUCACCAUGAUGGUGGCUUGACACAGCUGGGCCCAUAGUCAUAAAGGAAACAGUUUGUCUGAGGUGAUCAAAGACAUACUCUUCUUAAGUGAUCAAACUGGCUGAGAGUUCUCCUAAACUCCUAGGUGGGCAUUCCAUGGCAUCACACUGCACCUUGGGCUGCCCUGUUGGUCAGGCUUGGGUGCAAGGUGAAAUUAGUGUUGAGGCGCCACCUCAGACACUUCGCCAAACAGUAAACACGGCCAAAGCAGCAUUAGCGCAGCAGCAUCGCAUAAGAUAUUUUCAUGAACAGAGAUGUACUGGACAAACUUAGUGAUGCACAACUAAUUAAACACUACUGCUAGGACAGAGAAGGAAUCUUAAUUGUGACUGACUUAAUGCCAGAUGCCAAAUAAAAAUAAAUAAGGCCAUUUUUUUCAGGGUUGAAAGUGAAUACAACUCUUUGAUACCUUACCACCUGAAAAUUGCAACAUCACAGUGAUGGGCCUGUCACAACAGACCAAAAGCAGGAUCAACAAAUAGUCAGUGUACACAAUGUCAGCCCUUAAUUUUGCCAGUUCUAGCAUGCUUAUGUAUAGCACUUUGGCCAGGGUCUUAGCCUCCUGAGUGUCAUCCUUGUUAGGGCGUGUCAUGUCUUUUUCAUUGGACGCAGUCUUAUGUUUACAUCUUUAUUCCUUUAUAGUAAUGGGCCCAGGAGAUCACCGGAAAGAAACAGUGAUUGCCACCAUUGUGAUAACUGUACUACCUGUUUUGAGCAGGGGUGACAGCGCACAGCAGUGAUGGUAUUGCAAUGAGUGAUAGUGAGUGCACAAUAAUGGGAUUAUGUCAAGCAUUAAAAUGAUUCAAAAUGUGCACCGAAUUUAUAUAUGAUUUUAUACUUCACAGGAACUUAAAAGUCUCUGUAUCUCAAGCCCUUGCUCCAAAACCUUACAUUCUGUUUAUCCAAGAAAAUAUAUUGUAUGUAAAUUAAUUUCCCUAUAAUUAUUUAGUAGUAUGCUAACACCUUGGUGUUGCAUGACAGGGUAAUGACAGAAACAUAUACAGGUCAUGACAUACUUUUAAGUAAGCUCAUUGAUCUAAUAUGCAAUUAGCAUUAUUUUACCUUGUGUACAUUCUUGCCAUGCAAUAAGCAGUGACUGCUGUUUCAUUCUAUGCACACAUUGCUUCCAUAUCUUACCUCUCACUAGGUGUCUCAUCCAGUGAUUAUAGGGAAAUUCCAAGUUUGCAAUGCAGCCUAGGCACUGUUGCACCUCCUCCAACAAAUGCCAGUCUCAUUCUGUGAACCAAAGGGAACAGAGCUCUCCGUCUGCUUCUGCGUAAUUAAAUGCAUCUCGUGUAGCUGUGACCUUUACCAAAAUCCAGGUUGCCAGUGUCUGCACCACCCUUAAAGGUCAUGUAAUGUAUGGCUCUGGGUCUACACUAAGCUACAUUAUGCACCACAAUAACACAGUCAGAAACUUCUAUGCACUGAGCAGUAACAUAUCCUGUUCCUAUUUCACAAGGUGCACAGUUGCUAAGCUAAAACUAACUUCAGGAAAAAUUACCUUUUGGUUGCAAAUUAACCUUGCUGUGGGGAGGACUAUUGUACUGAAAAAGUUUCUUUCUUGAUAUGAAAAAAGUUGUAAAGCACAUUGUCAUGCCAGGAAUGAUGAAAUUCUUUCACUCUUUGUGCAUAGUUUGGAUGGGUUUGAUAUAUUGUGCAUGUGUUCUAUUAUACAGACCAAAGAAAAGGUUGUAUUGUAUUUGAAGAUGGAGGAUUUCCACCAACACUGGAAUGAGAAUACUUGUGAUUCUAACAACUUGAAAAUUACUAAUAACUUAAGGUUCUUGUCUUUCAUCUGUAAUAUUAUAUCAUGUAAUAUGUAAGCAGUAUUAUAUCACCAAUAUAGUAACACCUGAAACACUAAAAAUGAAUACUUAUGCAUCUUAAUAAAUGUUUUGCAGCCCAAAA